ACAUUUCAUUUUAAGAUGUAGAUAUUUGUUUGUUUUAAUAUAUUAAAUGAAUAAUGUCUUCGAAAGGGACGUCGCGAGGUUUCUUUUUUAAUACUGUUCUGUCUCUCGCGCGCUCUCUGGCUGCUCAUCGACCCGCUCCGAUUGACAAGGUCCAGAAGCUACAAUGCAUGUGUCCUGUGGACAUCCGAGGUGUUUUCCAGCUGGAUGAGCGGAGGAGAGAUGCUGUGAUCGCCCUCGGCAUCUUCCUGGUGGAGUCUGAGCUGCAGCAUAAGGACACAAUUGUCCCGUACUUGUUGGGUUUGCUGAAGGGAUUACCCAGAGUGCAAUGGAUCGAGGAGAGCUCAGAGAGGAAAGGACGAGAAACACUUCCCAUUGCGGAGAACUUCUCCUUCUGUUUGGUGACGAUGCUCUCAGACGUUGCUCAAAUGGACGAGUCCAUGAGAAUGCAGAUUUUGGAGGCUUUGAUGAACCUCAUGCAGGUGCUUCAGGAAAUGUGUCAGAACAUCGAUAAAGGCCAAGAUAAAGAAUGCCUGUGUAAAUACACUGUGCCCUGUCUGCUCGGCGUGGUGCGAGCGUUCGGCCGCUACAGCAACACAGAGGAGCCGCUGCUGUCUAAACUCUUCCCACGGGUCAGUCCUCAGACCUUGGGCGCAGGAGACGGGGAGGAAGUGACCCGACGUCGAUCCUUUAAUGAUUUCCGCUCCAUUCUACCCAGCUCGCUCCUCACCGCUUGCCAGAGUGACACUUUACGCCACAAAACCAGCAGCGUUUCCAGCAUCUCACAACAGGCCAGUCCAGAACGUGCUGGACUUCCUCCAGGUUCUCCUGCUGACCCCUCUGCUCCUUAUUUUGAAGCGGCCUCGUAUCUGCCGGACGGCAGCGCUGUGGACCCCGACUACUACUUCUCCACCAUCAGCUCCAGUUUCUCCGUGUCGCCGCUCUUCACGGGCGGAAACUGUAAAGGGUUUGACAUACCCCUGGAUUUACUGAAGCAGCUUCUGCAGAUGGUGGAGCAGUUUGUGUCAGAAACCUUUAUGAAGACACUGGAUCAGACUAUGGUUGAAGUCCUGGAGGUCAAUGCGUCAGCUAAUCUGCACUAUAAGACAUUCAGUGAUCCGCUGUAUGUGGACAUCUUUAAAAUGCUGAGGGACACUUUAUACUACAUGAAAGACCUGCAGGUGUCGUUCGUGAAGGAGGUCCAUGAUUUCGUUCUGGAGCAGUUCAGCAGCAGUCAGUCUGAGCUGCAGAGGAUCCUGCAUGACGUGGAGUAUCUGCACAGCGAGCUGAACCCGCUCAAACUGCGCUGUCAGGCCAACGCUGCCUGCGUGGACCUCAUGGUGUGGGCCGUCACCGAGGAGCAGGGUGCGGAAAACCUCUGCACAAAACUGUCCGAGAAGCUGCAGUCCAAGACGUCCAGCAAGGUCAUCAUCGCUCACAUGCCUCUGCUCAUCUGCUGCUUACAGGGUCUCGGACGGCUGUGUGAGCGUUUCCCCGUGGUGGCUCAUUCAGUCACCAUGUCUCUCAGAGAUUUCCUAGUGGUGCCUUCACCUGUGCUAGUGAAGCUCUACAAGUACCACAGUCAGUACAACACAGGAACAGGAGAGAUCAAGAUCAGUGUGACCAAUGAACAUUCCCAGUCCACCUUCAGCUCUCACACCAGUAAGAAGACCCAGCCGUCCAUGUAUGAGCAGCUCCGAGACAUCUCCAUCGACAAUAUAUGCAGGUGUUUAAAAGCAGGCUUGUGCAUGGACUCAGUCAUCGUUGAGGCUUUCCUCGCCAGUCUUUCCAACCGUCUCUACAUCUCGCAGGAAAAUGACAAGGACGCCCACCUCAUCCCGGAUCACACCAUACAAGCUUUAGGACACAUCGCCGUGGCCCUGAGGGACACUCCUCGUGUGAUGGAGCCCAUCCUUCAGAUCCUGCAGCAGAAGUUCUGCCAGCCACCGUCCCGGCUCGACGUCCUCAUCAUAGAUCAGCUGGGCUGUAUGGUCAUCACAGGAAACCAAUACAUUUAUCAGGAAGUCUGGAACUUGUUCCAGCAGAUUAGUGUGAAGGCCAGCUCGAUGGUUUACUCCACCAAAGACUACAAGGAUCAUGGAUACAGACACUGUUCUCUGGCCGUGAUCAACGCGCUGGCCAACAUCGCAGCAAACCUGCAGACAGAGCAGAUGGUGGAUGAGCUGCUGGUGAAUCUGCUGGAGCUGUUUGUGCAGCUGGGGCUGGAGGGGAAGAGAGCCAGCGAAAGAUCCAGUGAGAAGGGCCCGGCCCUCAAG